UCGCCUGAAAAGUGUUUCCUUUUCGUGCCGGACGUGUUGAGCACGUUGUACAAAUAUCCGAGGAGCACCUGAAUGCAUCAGAGAAGACAAGCGACGCUCGCGCUGGAUGUUGGUAGUGUGACAAGUGACAGCUAACAUUUCAGCAUGGCAGAGGCAGAUGACCCCACAGCGCGCACCUUCUCCCAGGUGGUGUUCACGGACACCCCUCAGACAUACCCGCCUUCGACCCCCGUCACCUGCAGCUACACUCUCAAUACUGCCUUCCAGCCAAACCCCAGGGACUGGGUGGGCAUCUUCAAGGUCGGGUGGAGCACAACAAAGGAUUAUCAUACCUUUGUGUGGGUGGAGCCGUGUCUGGAUGUGGUAGGGCAGGAGUCAGCGACGAGGCAAGCUGUUUUUAAGGAGUACUACCUGCCCAAGGAUGAGAUCGAGUUCUACCAGUUCUGCUAUGUUGACAGUACUGGUCAGGUGCGGGGAGCCAGCACUCCUUUCUGUUUCAAGAGCCCGGUGGAGCAAAGCAUCGAGAGCAGCCCGGAUGAUGAACUCCUCGUUAUUACAACACAGGAGCAGGUCGAACAGAGCGUACGUGAGAGAGCUGAGCUGCAGAAAGACCUGGAUCAGAUAAGAGAGGAAAAUGAAACCCUAAAAACCGAUCUACAGGAAAAACAGCAAGAGGCCGCAAGCUUGAAGGGGCAGAUUGAACAGAAGGAGAAAGAAAUGAGUCAGCUGUCCAAAGAAAUGGAUCAAAUCAAGGAACAAAAUGAAGACUUGAAAAGCACUUUACAGCAGCAGCAGAAAGAAUCUGACAACUUGAAGGAGGAGAUGUUGAUCCAAAAGACAAAGCAGAUGGAUUUACAGCAACAUGAGCAGAAACAACGGAGUCAAAGCUUGAGCGUAGAUGGAGAAUCCAAGCAAAAUGAAAAACAAGCUCAGGAGAAAUACGACCGAGCUGUGAUGAAGAUCAACCUGCUCAAAGAGGAGCGUGAGGAGCUGAAGGGGAGGGUUGACUCUCAGUGUGUGGAGAUCGUCACACUAAAUUCAAAAAUCAGAGAAAAACAGAGAGAACUGCUCAACAUGAACGACAGCAUCCAGCUCCUUCAGGUGGACCUUCAGACAAGUGAGAAAGAGAAGGAGAGGCUCUCUGCAGAGCUGCAAAAGCUGCAAAGCCUCACACACAACAUGGAGGACAUGAAGAGAGAGAACCAGGAGUUAUGUAGGAGGCUGUCGCAGCAGGAGGCGGUGCAGAACUGUCCAGAUGAUGACCUGAGGGCGCGGUGUCAGACUCUCGUCAGCCAGCUACAGGACGCUCAGGCAAAGCUGGCGGCUGAGAGGGAGGAGACCAAAAACGCCAAGAGACAAGCUGAAUAUCUGGACAGAGAGCUGCAGCAAGUCAGAGACCAGCUGGAGAGAGUGGUCUCAUCGUUGGACCAGGCAGAACGAAGAAGUGGCAAACGAGAGCUGCAGCUCAGAGAGGCACAUGAAGUCAUCGCAGAUAAAGACGGCCUCAUGGAGGAGAAGGAACACAUGAUGCUGCUGAUGACAAAGGAGAAAGACGAGCUCGCCAGAGAAAACCAGAAUCUCAUGAGUGAUAUCGAGGGGCUGCGCAGAAUUUGUGCUGAAUUGCAAGCAGCUCCCCCGGCCGACACACCACACAUGCAGCCUGAGACCACCUCACUAGCUGCCGCCACAUCAACCACCCAUGAGUGGCAGCAGCAGGAGACACCUGAGCAGUCUGGGGACCUGUAUGAGAACAUAGAGAGAGCUCCAGACCAAGAGGAAGAGGCUCUGGUGUGCCGUCACUGCCAGGAGAGCUUCCCCUGCAUAACCCGACACGAACUGGAGCAGCAUGAGCAGAGUCACCGAAUGUGUCCCUUCUGCACCAUGAUCUGCGACAACAUGGAGCAGUCUGUGUUUGAGGAUCACGUCUACGGGCACGAGCUGUGAGAACGGCACGCUUGAGUCAUACACCUGCAGAAACCAUGUCUUACAAUGUUGGGUGGUCGUGUAAAAGGACCACACCAAUAUUUUUGCACACCUUAAAGGCAAAUUAAAUAGACUUUAUAUUAUUGUUGAUCGGUUUUCAAAGCAUACUCAAGUUUUUGGGCUUUUUUUCCAAGUCGUUAGUGUCCAUCAUGCUGAAAGAAUCAGCUGGCAGAGACAUUAAAACUGCCUUAGUAAUAUAAUCCAUCUCAGAGAGCAUCAUGUUCUCUUUUUUUGUCAAAUGUCAUCUUAUAUUUGCACAUUAAUGCACUUAGAAGUGAAUUACGACGCAACUGGCAUCAUUUGAAAUGUUCUGACACUUGUAGAGUUUCUGUAUUGAGACACAAAACCCAUAUUUUAAUUUGACAAAUGAAGCCAAAGUUCUUAAAUGUUGAAGUUGGCUGUUGAAUUCACAGAUCUGGCGUCCACAACUUUUGUUUUAUUAAUAAUAAAUAUCAUUGGCAACAGUCCACAACGCACACAGAUGUUGCUGGUUGUGCUUCCCUCAGUGUCUGUGCGUAUCAGAGAUUUUAUUGACCUCAACUUCCUCCCUAUAUCACCACAACUCCUGCACAAAACAGUCUCCACAUGGAAGUCAAAAGUCUGUGUGUGUAGCAUAGCCAAUGAUUCAAUUAAAAGAUUAAAAUUUGUGAGCGCGCUAACGGACGUUUGCUCCUUGAUGGCAGCGACAUCAAAUCCGCCUGGGUUUCAGUAUGUAAUCCACCACAGUGAACAUUGUGUCCUCAUUUAUUUUUGGUCAGAUUAUCAUCACACAGUGAUGCAUUUAAAAGUGGAGAGGGUUUUGAAGCUCUGCAGUGGACUGCCACACAAGUGAAGGGGGUAUCGUUUGAAAUAUUCUGAUACUUGUGCUGAUAUAAUAUCUCUAUAAUGUCACCUUUAUUUUCAAAUGUUGAAUCUUGUCUAAACACAUAUUUUACCUCAAUAAAAUAGUCUUAAACUGGCUAUUAAACUCACAAACUGGGCAAGCGUGAGUGCUUAAAAGGACUUUUGCUCCUGAAUGGCCCAAGUCCAGACCUUUGAAUCCGCCCACUCCACAGAAUUGACAGUGCACUGCUUAGCAUGGAACGGUGAGGGCUGAAAGAGCUGUUUAAAUCGAGUGUAAUCUGUCAACCAGCAGCAGCUACUAGCAAAUGUUAGCUGACAAACCAAACAACUUUGGCGGCAAAAGCCACGGUUAGAAAACAAGUGCCUUCAUGGACGGUAGUGUUCAAAAUAUGACUUUAUGCAAGCCUGAGUGACAUCAUCAGCUCUCUGUCUUAUCAGUCUUCUUUGACUUGUUUGUAUUUGUAUGGGCCAUGUGCUCGUGGUGACUUUAAAACACUGCUCUCGCUACUGAAAUUUAGCCGUGAAUGUGGCAUUUCUGUUGCCUACCGUAACUGUCAAAAUAACGUGCAGACUCUGCCUACUUGGCGCACUGCAGGUGUACACCGGCGUGCAUCGGUGUGGACACAUUCGUCCAGCAUCGUGACACGAAACAGGCAGUUUCCGGUUGAAAUAAAAAACAAUGUUAAGUGUUGUGCCAGAACCAGAAGAGUAAUUACAAUACCAAGUGCCAUAGAUAAAACAGACACUGCUAUCAAAGCUGUUGUAAAUCCAUCUUCACAAUAUUGAGUCUGUAGCAAGUGCUUGGGGAAAAUCGAAUCCCCCUCCACCACGGAAAUCAGUUAACGUGGCCGAGUGUAACAAGUUGACAAUUGUGUCUGAUAUCAGGAAAUAUUCCUCCCUUUGUUUUGCAUAAAAAUGACAAACUUCCAGUUUAAGUCAGGAACUAUUCGACCAAAGAAAACAUGAACAAGAUCAUGAAUUCGACCAGACAUUUGACAUCAGUUUUCAGUGUCAUCUCUGUGGUUUGUCAGUGUAAUGGACACAUUUUGGUUACUACUGUAGUUCAUUACUUUUAUAAGAUAACUUGUGAUGUUAGCUACAUUAAACGGGCCUCAAAUUUCUGACAGCUGACUUUCAUAUUGCACUAAAUUAAAAACCGUAUGGUAUGCUUUGGAAUAUAAACAGCAGUGAGGAAUAUAUGACGUGUAGUAAAAAGGCUAAAACAUGCUCAAAGCAUUAAGUGCUCAUUUAAAUAGAUGAAGUUAGAAUUUAGAAUAAGUGGCAUGUCACAUUUAAAAUGUAAUAUAUUAACCACAAUUCUGUAUUCUGCAAUUCUUGUGAUCUAAUAUAACCAGAUCAUCCUGAUUUAAGUGCUUAUGUAACUGCUGAUUCCUGCUGCUUUAAAAUGUGUAUGGAGUGAAGUGUUGAUAUGUGGAUGAGCAAUGUGAGAAGUGAAUCUAUGUACAUGAUGUAAUCAAAUGAUUAAAUGUAAGUGCAUUUAAAUGAUCCUGCUGAUAUAAUAAAAAUAAAUCCGAACGCA